AUGCGAUGCGCGAGCAAGGCCGCCGAGAGCGCGUCCGCACGUCUCUGUGCGGACGCCGAAGCAGAAACAACAGCAACUGAUGUGUCAUCGGUUGCUGAAGCGACCCAGCCUGUGUCACUUGAUGGAUCUGAAUCGACGGCGAUCGAAACCAAGCCGCCUGCCAAGCGUGGCAUGGAUGAUGCUAUGCGUCGCAGCAUCUUUGGUUCAUCUGAUGAAUCAGAUGAACCAUCGCCGAAGCGAAGGCGCUCGAAGUCGCAAGACUCGGGCGCUCACAGUGGUGUCGGUUCUCCUAUUGACACCACUUUGCAACGAGGUGCCAGUACUUCUGUCGGCACUUCGCAAGAAGAGCGGGACUGCAGUGUCUUGCGUCUCGCCCCUGAGAAGAAGGCAUCGCUGCCUCCAAAAUCUGUCAUGGAUCACUUGUCAGCGACGACGAGUGAUCUUUAUCGAACUACGGUUGUUCGAUUCGUCAAGGAUCCAUCACCUUGA